CUUUCAUGACUUUGAGCUUCGCAUCUGUUGCUCCUCCCAUAAAAAGGCAAAUAAUUAUGAAAAAUCUGAUCUGAAAACUGAACCUCAUGAGUUAUCAAAACCAAAUCCUCGGCAGCUUCUGCUGAAGACACAUGCGUCUCCAGAGCUCCUGUUAUUUGCAUCAUUGCUCUGUUAAACGAUAUUCCCAAGCCUUGAUUUGUCAAACUGAGGAUGUCGGGAAGCACCGGGAACGGGAAGUUGCGUCAGUGGCUGAUCGAGCAGGUGGACACCGGGAAAUACCCCGGUUUAGUUUGGGAGGACCGGGAGCGGACCGUGUUCCGCAUCCCGUGGAAACACGCAGGGAAGCAGGACUACAACCGAGACGAGGACGCCGCGCUCUUCAAGGCCUGGGCUCUGUUUAAGGGCAAGUAUCGCGAGGGAAUUGAUAAACCGGAUCCUCCCACCUGGAAAACCCGGCUCAGGUGCGCCUUGAACAAGAGCAGCGACUUCGAGGAGCUCGUGGGCCGGAGCCAGCUGGACGUGUCGGAACCGUUCAAAGUGUACCGCGUUAUUCCCGAGGGAACCAAAAGAGCACCAAAAUCAUAUGAAAAAGUUUCCACAAGCUUGGGUCACCACAACUACCCGUUUUAUCCUUCAUAUGAACCUGUGGAGGGUCAGGUGUGUAACUUCCUGUCUGCUGCUGACAGGAACUGGAGGGACUUCCUGUGUGAGCAGAACUCACUGUCCGAUGUCCACUUCAGCCAGAACUCACGCUGGGACACCGGGUACCAGAUAAGUGGCUCUUUCUACAGCUGUAACACGUUCGACUCGCCUCCCUCACCGUUCUCCCUGGAUGCCAGCAUGAGAUCAGCCGAGGCCCUGGCACUGUCAGACGCCCGUCUGCAGGUGAUGGUGUUCAGCGGUGAAACUCUGGUCACGGACGCCACCGUGGUGAGCGCCGAGGGCUGUCGACUGGCUCCACAUGACGAUAACUGGACCUACAGCGGCCCGGAGCUGGUUCCUCUCCCUCAGGUUGAGAGAGGAGCGCUGGAGGGGGGCGUCCUGCUCUGGAUGAUGCCCGAUGGACUGUACGCCCGACGCUUCUGUCAGUCCAGGGUCUACUGCGACGGGACGCACGCUAACCUGAGCACCAAACUCUGCAAACUAGAGCGAGAGCAGACCAGCAAACUACUGGACACACAACUCUUUCUGACAGAGCUCCAGGGUUAUUUCCUGCACGCUCGUCCUCCUCCGCGUUUCCACGUCCAGCUGUUUUUUGAGUGCUGUGACCCCUCCGUUGACAACAGACCCCUUACGGUCCAGGUGGAGCCACUGUUCGUCCGCCAGCUGCUGCUCCUCCUCCAGCAAGGCGGUGUGAACUACACGAGGAACACCCAUGAACUUUGUCCUCUGACCCCUGAGCAGGUUUACCCCGCCCACCAAGAGAAUCCUGUCAUCAGCGGACACCAGACGCACGGAAACUUCAUACAAGAGUGACCCCAAAAGAGUUACAAGACAUUAUUAAGACACCAAUUUUUACAUUUUUUAUA